UCUUUUUUGUCGUAGCAGGCAGACAUAUAAAUAGGAGGGUACAUGCACCCCUCUGCUCUCCACAAACCAACCAUAGCUUGAAAACAUCGCGUGCUCGCUAAUCACAAAUCACUCGACUACAACACCAAUAAGUACUUGUACAGCGUACAGCUACAGCAUGAGGACGGAGAUAUUGAUCCGGAUGGAGGGGGGCACGGAGAAGGGCCACGCCGCCAAGGCGAUGAAGGUGGCGGCGGCGAUGCAGGGGGUGGAGUCGGUGACGCUGUCGGGGAAGGACAAGAGCCUGCUGCGGGUGGUCGGCGACGGGCUCGACUGCAACCACCUCACCACCCGCCUGCGCCGGAAGGUCGGCCACGCCGACGUCGUCGAGCUGCGCACCCUCCACGCCGGCGCCGGCGCCUACGGAUACGGGUCCGGGUCCCGGACCGGCGGCAGCCUCUCGCGCGACGCCGCCGCCGCCGCCGCGUACGGCAACGGGAGCCGAGGAGGCGGGAGCUACUACGGCGGCUACCCCUACUCGACGACGACGGCGGCGGAUUCCGACUACUACUACAACGGCCAGCAGCAGCCGUCGUUCCAGUACAGCUACCAGCCGCCGUACCGGUACGCCGCGGCGCCCGCCGCCGUGCACUACGAGUACUACCCGGCCGCUACCGACCCCAACGGCUGCUCCAUCAUGUAGUGUAGUCCGAUCAUACUCAGACACGUACAUUAGUUCAGUUUCAUUUCGUUUCAUAUAGCCGUAGUAGGAUGCGCUCCCUGCAGAUAGAUAUAUGCUUGUGCAUGCAUUUCGUCUCGUCAUCCGGACGGACCGGGGCUUUGUUUUUAGUUUGUGCCCGGUUGAGUUCAUGUGUCCUGAAUCUGUGUGAGAGGUGUGAAACUGAGUUCAUGUUCAAUAAAACACACGAUACUCCUUUAUACGGAGUAUUAUCUU